GGAAAGAAGGAGACGAAGGAGGAGGUUCAGGUUCAGCUUGGACCCCAAGUACGUGAGGGAGAACUCGUGUUUGGAGUAGCGCAUAUCUAUGCGUCCUUUAACGAUACCUUCGUUCACAUCACCGACCUCUCUGGCAGGGAAACCAUCUGCAGGGUUACCGGAGGAAUGAAGGUGAAGGCUGACCGUGACGAAGCUUCUCCCUACGCCGCUAUGUUAGCCGCUCAGGAUGUUGCCGAGAAGAUUAAAACCCUCGGGAUCACUGCGCUCCAUAUCAAGCUCAGAGCUACAGGAGGAAACCGAACCAAGACUCCUGGACCCGGAGCACAAUCUGCUCUCAGAGCCCUCGCCAGAGCGGGGAUGAAGAUUGGCAGGAUCGAAGAUUGUACUCCAAUUCCUUCAGAUAGUAACAGGAAGAAGGGAGGUCGUCGUGGUCGCAGACUUUAAUUUCCUUCUUUUUAUUCUUGUCGCAAGAUAACAUUCUUGUCGCAAGAUAACAUUCUUGUCGCAAGAUUACAUUCUUGUCGCAAGAUUACAUUCUUGUCGCAAGAUAACAUUCUUGUCGCAAAAUUUGAUCUUUGUCAGGUCUAAUCUUUGCUUGAUCUUCUAGA